UUCCACUGGCCAGAUCACUCGCUGGCUCAGAUGGCUGGAAAAUGGCUUCCAGUAAUUUAUCAAAUGCAUCCCUUUCGCUAACUUUGCCAAUUUCUUGUCAAAUAUGUCUAGGAAAGGUAAAGGAACCGGUCGUCUGCCCAAACCAACAUGUUUUUUGUUCGCCGUGUUUGGAUUUAUGGUUGCGUACGAAUCGCUACUGCCCGACGUGUAGGACUCCAAUCAACCAAGAUCAACCGGUGAAAAAAAUCCUAGGGAGCAUGGAUCUUCACAUGAACUCUGAUGCAGUAACUCGAGUAGAACUAAGACGUACUCGGCUAGAGCUUAUUCGACAAGAAUAUGAGGAUGACAUUGUCUCCUUACAGAACACAAUCGAUCGACUUAAGAUUGAAAACAAGCGCCUCCAUGAGAGAAUCUCGGAGCAAGACAAGACAAUCUCGGCGCUACACAUGUCGGCAAGCCAGCGCGGCAAGGAUGGGGAGGGUGGUGCUAAGGUGUGCUCUGAUAUCGACAUGCUGCUCAAAUUGACAGCCAAACUACAAGAAGCGAGUACCACUUACGAACAGCUACGAGAUGACAUGACCAAGACAAAAGAGGAAAAUAAAAAGCUCAGAGAAGAAAACGACAUGCUUUUGAGACAAAUAGCAAGAAUGAAGGAUGAGAUGCUCUUUUCAAAAUCUCCUCAAAGAUUUGGGCGUUACACAAUUUCCGCAAUGCAGACUAAAGUAUCACAGUACGAAAAAGAGAUUCAGCUGCUUCGGAAAGCCUUGACAAGAAGUGAUCAGUACAUCGAGGACUUGAAUUCCAGGCUGGACCGUCGGACACCGGACACAGAACGCAAGAAGACGCCGGACACAGCGCGCCGAGUCCCACUUACCGCGAAGGCCACGUCGACGUCAUCAGCUGCAGCUGACGUUGCCGAGACUAGUAGUGGAUCACGCCGUAGCUCCUUUUCCCUCGAGGGCGUGGUCCCUGGAGGUACAGGAGACACCCACGAAAACGGCCUCGUAAAUAUCCGUCGAGUAUCAAGCAACUCUGAUGUCCUCUCGCCUCCCGAACCCGCAGAGGACGACCGCCCCACCAUGGUUCCCGUCUGCAGUUUCCCGUCUUCGUCCACCUCCGCGCUGAAUAGCUACACUUCCACGAGCGACAUGUUGACAUCGACCCUCUCAGAGGCCGCCAGCACGCUCGAGUCUGCAAACCAGUGGCUUAGGAACUCGCCCAGCAAACCCGAUACCCCUACCGACCGCACCCUCGAGGUAACAGGCCAGUGGCUCAAGGCAUCCCCUUGCACUUCGGACCCACUGUGUUUCGGCGACCGCAAUCCCGAUGUAUUCUACAAGAGUGAAUCUACUGUUCCACGGCCCUCUCUCGACAGCAAGCUCCCUAUGCGGAACCCAUUCAACAUAGACCCCUCCUCGCCGUUUUCCGCCAGCCGUCAGCUGAUGCUCCUGAGUGAGCGCGCACGAGGUCGCCAGUCGGACACGCCCAGAGGUCGACAGGAUCUAUCCGCCCCGUCACCCACGAGCUCGGAUGGAGGCAAGCUACCGCGUACGCUGGAUUUCGACGUUCUCGUGGAAGGCUCCAUGAAUGAGGACUCGCCACAGCGCCUCGAAAGUUUGUCCCCGCGCGUGGAGGUCUCGACUGGGGCAAAUGACAUGGUGACAGUCUCCGCGUCCGCCACGUUAGUAGCGACGAAGAUUAAAAUGGAGUUGGAAGAGCCAGACGGGGAGACCCAGGCUAAAAAAGUCAAGUUAGAAAAAGACCACUUGUUCCACCUAGGACAUCAGUAGGACUGGGAGUACGCAAAGCUUGCGUAGACUCAAGAGGUUAGUCCAAGAGAUCCUUCCAUUAGACAUACCUUCAAUAAGUGAGAAGAUGGGUGUAACAACAUGGAUAUUACGCGUAGACUCAAGAGGCUAGUCCAAGAGAUUCUUCCAUUAGACAUCCCUUUAAUAAGUGAGAAGAUGGGUGAAUAAUAGGGACAUUGCGACAUCACUCGGUCACAACACUGCAUGGGUUCCAGGUUGGCUUUUAUUUGUGUUAACGUGAAAUGUCUGCGCGCACAAACUCAGUCAAAGCAAUGUCAGGGCCACAAGGAAACCUUUAUCUACUGCAAACGUGGAAAUUUUAGCGCGUCCUGCCGUUUUUUCGACCUUUUUAUGGGCAUUAUUAUUAUUUUAUUUUAUUUUUGCACUAAGUUAGCCCUACACUUUAGUAUUUAUUGUUUUGUUUUGACGUGAUUCAGCAUUCUUUACAACCUUUUAAACUCAAUGCAGAACUAGAAUGAAGAUAUAUGUUCACAAACUAUUGUUGAUCGUUAAAAGUAAAGGAGAGGCAGUGUGUGGUACCAUUUUUAUGCUCCGAUUUUUUCCCAAAAAGACUUGAACACUUCCUACAAAGCUUGUGCCCAAUUUUAUGAACCAGAAAAACGUACAACUAUUUUUUUAAAAUUCCGACAGACCCCACAACUUCGAACUACUCCAAACACUUCGUAUUUAAAUAAAGUUUAUUAGAUAUCCAUUACAAAAGAUGGUUUUACAAACGCAUUAGUCCUCCCUCUCACAUGAGCGUACAUUUCCACGUGCUCAACUUAUUUAAAGGCGAAGUGUGCGGAGUUUAACACUGUCCAGAGCUUGUGCACUAAGAAUACGUUUUAUCUGCAAAAUGAAGGAAAAAAACAUAUUGAAGGAUAGAUUGUACGUGAAGAUUUUAAAGGCAAAUUUAUGGUAGUUUAGUAAUUUGUAAGAAUUUAAGUUAUUGUCUCUGUGACGGUCUCCAAAUAUCAUUUUAGUACAAAUUGUUCUAAUGAAUAUAGUUUAUUUGUAAUUUGUGUUUAGGAUUAAUUUAUUAUUCGCCAAGCGAGUCGUGUUGUAGUAUACGUGAUGCUACCAUUGAGAUUAAUUAAAGACAGGGCCCCUGAUCAGGAUCAUUAUGGCUUGUUAAAGCUGGACGGGCAAGGAAUGGGCAAAAAUGUGCAGUGCGCGUGAGGGAUUGGGAAAGAGUCACUCGCCUCGCCCCAGAUCUUUCCCGUCUGCGCUUUGAUAUACAUUUGUUGUGCGUAAUUCAAAGAAUACAACAAGGCAUUGUAAGGCUGUACCUGCAACUUCGUAGGGGAUGGAGUCCAACCCCAUCUCUUCAUGCCACUGACGACACCACCCUUUAAAAAAUGUCACGCGAUGAACAUACAGACGUGAUGGAGUCCAUACCCAUACAAACAGUCCCAGGUACAGUCUUGCACAGCCUAGCCUGGCUGUAGAUAUACCGAGGUUUAAAACACGAGAAAAUUGUUAUGUAAAAAUAGAAAAGGAGAGUAUUUAUGUAGAGGAAAUUAAAUUAAAAUUAUAUUGACAGACAA